UCAAAUCACAGAUUUAAGAAAAAGUAAUUAAUUAAUCAUUCCUUGAUUUUCAUUAUUAUUUUGUGUGUAACAUUGUCUGGAAAAUUGAUCAAUGUCAAAGAAAAAUAAAACAAAGGGUGAUUCAGGAUCAUCGGGAUCAUCGCCCAAUUUCUCAGUAUUCUUUACAGUCUUAUUUUACUGUUUGCUCAUAAUUUUGCUGCCAAUUAUUGGAUUUUUCAUCUCAAAGCACUUCAUAUUUGACGGAUACUUUCAAUUGUCGCAAAUUUCUAGCAACAUCUACUCUGCAGUUGUGGCUGUAAUUGCUUUGCAUAUAGCCCUCUUUUGCUACAUAUACCGCGCGUACUUUGAGACUGAGAGUGCCCCAGGGCGAUUACAUACAACCAAGGAAGAUUAGAAAAGUAGAGAAGGAUGGAUUACGAGGAGUUCCGGGGGCAAACGGUGCUGGUAGAGUUGGAAAAGAAGAAACUCUAUGGUGAAUUUCAGCGUUACGAUUCAAGAAUGAAGUCCAUAUUCAUAAAGAAUGUAAAGGAUUUCAACACCAUGAAAUACUACACACGCUCUGCAACAUUCCCGGUACGUGACAUCAUUAGCAUUCAUAGAUUUGCAAAUAAUUCAGAGGAUGUCAAAGAGCACAACAGUAGCAGCGAAUCCACAAUCUCGAACAGCAACAAUAUAAGUGUUGUUCUCACGGAGGAAGAAGUCCAAAAUAUUCAGAUGAUAAUUUGCAAUUUUGAGUACAUUACGCAGAUCGACAAGAAGUACUUCCAAGCAAUUGAAGAACUUAAGGCUCAAGCCUUUGUUUGUGGCAAAAUUGCCGUAGAUGUGAUUGGAGGGCGCAAAGGGAGAUUUUCACGAGGUUCCCUCCUUAUUCUUGGUUCCCCUCGAAGGAUCUACGUUGUGGAUUUAAUGAAUUUAGGCAAAAUUCCAUGUGAAGUAAAGGAACUUCUCGAAGCACGAAAACCCCAGAAAAUCAUUCACGACAGCUGUGCCCUAAACGAUUACUUUCUCAAUCACGGUAUCACAUUGUCAACUGUCAGUGAUACAUGGAUUGCUCAUACUUCCGUAACCGCAUCUACGAAAUUAAUAACUGUUAGUGAAUGCAUCGAGGAGCACUUGAAGCUACCCAUGUCAAAUCUUACGGAGAAAGAAGAGGCUUUAUUCAUGAGACGCCCAUUGGAAUUGGAACAGUGUGCCCUGGCAGCAAAACAGGUGGCUUACCUGCAUCAUCUCAAUGAAAUUCUCCAGGAAGCUCUCUUAAAGCGGUACUACAACGCCUGCCGAGCAUACCAAGAUGGCAUUUCGCAGCAUGAUGAUCCCGCUUUUGUCGCUGUUAGGGUGGGAACAAAAAAUUACCAGGAAUGGCUUCAGAAAUUUGAAUUGUUUUGAGUACAUACAUAAUUUUCCUUUCAUUUGUAUUAAUUUCAUUUUAGUAUUUCGAGGAUCGAUAAUUUUAGCUUCAAACACUUGAACCUUGAUAUUCUAUCAAAAUUAAAAAUUUUUUCCAAAUUUUCUUUCGACAAACUUGAAGUAAUUGAAAUUUCCUACACCGCGGUAGAAUUUAACACGUAUUUUUACACAAAAUUGUAAAAUCCAAUUACCUACAAUGUCCAGAAAAGUUCUCAUAGAUUUAAAAUGUUUUUUUUUUUUUUCAAUACAGUACAUGAAAACCACAAAAACUAGUCUUAACGGUUUGUAAAGUCUCUUGUAAAAUCUAUCAAACUUUUUUUUUAUUGAGUGUUUCUACUUACUAUAUUUUGCCCUUUAGUUCAUUUUGAAUUAUAUUGUUCUUAAACCAUACAAUAAAUUGAUCUAGUACAUGAACUUUAAAA